GGUCGCCGUUAUUCGUGAUCGCCUUGACUCUCCCAACACAUCCGCCCUCACCUCUCUCGCUUUCGAUCUGGAAGCGAAUUCCCGACAAAAAAAAAAAAAGUUACGAGAAAAUUUAUUCGAAAAAUUUACCUAUCCUACUUUUUGGGCUUCACCGCUUGAUUCCUGCAGCGGUCGCAUUAUAGCUCCCACAAGCUUCCCCGUGUCCGUCGGUGUCUUGUUCCGGUUUCGCUCUGUGUGAUUUCCUCAACUAUAUCCUUGUGUCUAUCACCCCAGUAAAGGGUGGUAUCGAAGAUGGUAGACAGAGAUCCGAAUUCGCCUACCUGGAAGUUCACACAAUGCUUCGGUGACAAGGGUGAUGUGGAAGAUAUCACAGAAGCGGACAUUAUUUCGACCGUCGAAUUCGACCAUACCGGUAACUAUUUGGCCACGGGAGAUAAGGGUGGAAGAGUGGUGCUGUUUGAAAGAAACGAAACGAAAAAAACAUGCGAAUAUAAGUUCCACACCGAGUUUCAAUCGCACGAGCCCGAGUUCGAUUACCUCAAAUCGUUAGAAAUCGAAGAGAAGAUCAACAAGAUCAAGUGGUGCAGACGGCAAAAUUCCUCCCACUAUCUUCUUUCGACAAAUGACAAAACCAUUAAGCUAUGGAAGGUCUUCGAUAAAUCGCUCAAGGUCGUCGCCGAGAACAACCUGUCGAAUGAACUCACGCCCGCGGGCGCUGUGUCUGGUGGAGGGGCGCCUCGCCCACCUCGUAUACCGUUCAAGGACUCAUCGUCAUUGAAGCUUCCCCGGAUGACACACCAUGACACCGUUGUCGCAGCCGUACCGCGGAGGACAUAUGCAAACGCCCAUGCAUACCACAUCAACAGCAUCUCCGUCAACAGUGACGGAGAGACCUUCAUAAGCAGCGAUGAUCUUCGAGUCAACCUCUGGAACCUUAACAUCCAGGACCAGAGUUUCAACAUUGUCGAUAUCAAACCGGCCAACAUGGAAGAACUCACCGAAGUUAUCACCGCGGCCGAAUUCCACCCUACCAGUUGUAACUGGUUUAUGUAUGCUAGCUCGAAGGGAACCAUCAAGUUGGCGGACAUGCGCCAGCGGGCAUUGUGUGAUGAGCACUCUAAGCUAUUCGAACAAGAGGAAGACGCCUCGUCCCGUUCAUUCUUCUCCGAGAUCAUUUCGUCGAUCUCCGAUGUUCGCUUCUCGAAUGACGGUCGAUACAUUGUUUCCCGAGAUUACCUGACGGUUAAGGUUUGGGAUGUCAACAUGGAGAGGCAACCCGUGAAGACCAUUCCUAUCCACGAACACCUCCGGCCGCGUCUGUGCGACACAUACGAAAACGACAGUAUCUUCGAUAAAUUCGAGGUUGUCUUCUCGGGUGAUGCGGAGAACGUCAUGACCGGAAGCUACAACAACAACUUCAUGAUCUACCCCACCGACCAGAACAAGGACACCGAGAUUGUGCUGCAGGCCGACAAGUCUGCGUUCAAGGCGAAGAAGGUUGGCGUGCCCACGCCCAUGAACAGGGGCGCCAACGGGAAGAAGAACGGCUCCAGAUCGGGUAGCCCUGUUGGUCCUGGCAGCCGGAUGAGGAAGGAGACCGAUGCGGAUCAGAUUGAUUUCAACAAGAAGAUCCUUCACAUGAGCUGGCAUCCGUACGAAGACAGCAUUGCCAUUGCUGCUACGAACAACCUCUUCGUCUUUUCUGCGCUGUAAACGUGGGCAGACGUGACCGUACAUUCAUCAUGGCAUAUAACGAGGGCAGGAUAUGAUUUAAGGGAAAACGUGAUUAAUAGC